AUGGAAACCGUAGUGACGACAGCGACUAUUGCCGCUGCGGCCGUGUCACCCUCUCCGACACCCUUCACCACUCAGCAUCUGGCCGGCGAGCAGAUUCUGUCUAAGCUGCAUGCCAUUGCCUCCUCGGCAGCAUAUUGGGGAGAGAAGCUGCCCGGCUCGGCCGUGGUCAAACGAUACAUUGUGUCCUCGCAUCAGAAUGACCCUGUUAGAACCAUCUUCGAGCUGCUCUUCUUCCUGUUUGCCGUACGAUACUUUGUGGCGUCCCGAUACUCGACCUCUAAUCCCCACCACGUCAAGUUUACCGAGGCCGACAUUGACGAACUGGUCGCCGAGUGGGAGCCCGAACCUCUCGUACCCAAGACUACUGUCCUGGAGGAGCUGGACAUUGGCUCAAUCCCGCUGAUCCACGGCGAAUCGGGCCCCGUGGUUGACGUAGAGUCGGCCCGGGUCGGACACGUCAAGCGAGCCACCAACCUGGCCUCUACCGACUUCCUGGGCUGGGCACGUGACCCCGUCAUCAAGGAGCGGGCCGUCCAGAUUAUCCGUGAGUACGGAGUCGGCUCCUGUGGCCCCCCCGGUUUCUACGGAAACCAGGACAUUCACGUUAAGUGUGAGCGGGACCUCGCCCGGUUCUGCAACUCCGAGUCUGCAAUUCUCUACGCGCAGGCCUUCAACACCAUGUCUUCUGUCAUCCCCUCGUUCAUGAAGCGAGGUGACAUUGUCAUUGCCGACGACCGAGUGGCCACUUCCACCCAGAAGGGUCUGCAGGUGUCGCGAGUCACCCUGCGAUGGUACAAGCACAACGACAUGGAGGACCUCGCACGUGUGCUGGCCAAGACCAACCACGAAUUCCGAAAGGCUCCCCUCACCAAGCGAUUUAUUGUCACCGAGGGUCUGUUUGAGAACACUGGAGACCUCUGUAACCUCCCUGAGAUCAUCAAGCUCAAGUACCAGUUCAAGUACCGACUGCUGCUGGACGAGUCGCUGUCAUUUGGUCUCGUUGGAUCUACCGGACGAGGAGUGCUGGAGCACUUCCAGGAGAACGGACACCCCGAGCUCAGCCGACAGCAGAUCGAGCUGACCGCAGGCUCCAUGGCCAUCGCCUUCUCGUCAGCUGGUGGCUUUGUGGCCGGCUCCGAUGCCGCCGUCGAGCAUCAGCGAAUCGGAUCUAACGCUGUCACCUUCUCGGCUUCCAUGCCCGGAUACCUUGCUGCCGCCUCUUCGCAGGCCAUUGAGCGAUUGGAGGAGGAUAACUCGCGUGUCGUCAAGCUGCGUGAGAACACCACUCACUUCCGAACCUUUUUGGAGAAGCAGCUGCAGGCCGCCCGAGUUCUGGGCUCCGUGGUCGAGUUUGUGUCAUCUCCUCAGUCGCCUCAUAUCUUGAUCAAACUGAGUGAUGACUUCCGGCCCGAGACCCUGACGUCGUUCGUUGCUGCCGAGGAGCUGCUUCAACAGAUUGUCGAUCUGUGUCUGGCCGAGGGUGUUCUCAUCACACGUCACAAACGGGUCCCCACGCACGAGAUCAUUGCGCUGGAGAGCAUGCUGCGAAUCGAGGUGUCUGCUUCAUUGAGCACUCAGCAGCUGGACGAGUCUGCAAGCAUCAUUGCAGGUGUUGUCAAGAGCAUUUCCAGUGCGUAA